UUUUGAGCAGCAAAGCUCCUUCCCGCACUUUUUGAAAUUCCUCUGACUUUGAUCCCCGUUACUAGACUUGGGUUCGGUGGAGCGGGAAUACCAGGACCAGAAGCAGGGAGAGUUCAGAGGGCAGUUAGCAGUGGGGCUAUCAGUAGAGGGUGCCAGUUUGUAAGAGGCGUGAGCUGCAGCCUCAGGAAUAGCAGCUCGUACACAUUUCAAAUAAACCCUGUUUGGCGGGACUACAUCUGCGGCGUUGGCGUCAUUACAAUAUUUAUAUUUAUAUUCAGAGACAUAUUAAUGUGUGUGUGUGUGUGUGUGUGUGUGCGUGUGUGGGCGUGUGUGUGUGUGUUUUUUAAUAAAUGAGAUUAAAAUGAAAGUCGCCGCCUUCAAUGCGAAGAGACUGGGAAUUCAAAAAGUCAAAAACAAAAAAGUCUACGAAUACCUUAUUAAGAUCAUCUCUCAGUACAGCAUAGUGUUCAUACUGGAGGUGAUGGAUAAAACUGGGGAGGCAAUGGAGUUGUUACUGGAAAAGCUCGACUCUGCAGUUGGUGAUAAAUAUAAAAUGAUCUGCAGCUCACCUCUCGGCAGAAAUGUCUACAUGGAGAAGUUUGUUUGUUUUUAUAGAAAGGAUGAGGUCAAACUAACGGAUCAGCAUCAGUAUGAAGACAAUCAGCCAGGGGACGAAGACGCUUUUGCCAGAGAGCCCUUGAUUCUGCGCUUCUCCUGUCCUACCACCGUUAUUAAAGAUCUGGUCCUGAUCCCGGUCCACACCCAACCAACUGAUGCUGAGAAAGAACUGGAUGAGCUCUGUGAUGUGGUCAAAAUCAUGAGAAAGAAAUGGGAAACCCCGAAUAUCAUGAUUCUGGGAGACUUCAAUGCAGCUGGUUCAUAUCUUUCAAACAAGAAGAAGAAAAAGAUCCGCAUCUCCUCUCCUCCUUUUUAUUGGAUAAUUGGCGACAAUGUUGACACAACAACUAGUCACUCUAACGAGUACACCUAUGACAGGAUUGUGGUGUAUACAAAGAAAACGCAAAAAACCAUCGUCCCCAACUCAGCCAAAUCUUUCAACUUCCAGAGAGAGUUUGAUCUAAAUGAUGAAGAAGCUCUUCGCAUCAGUGACCAUUAUCCUGUGGAGGUGGAGCUGAAAACUGACAAAUCUGCAGUAAGACAAACUACCUCCACCUCAAAGUCUGACUCUGAAAAGUCCGACUCUGAAUGGUAUGAUAGUGAAACAUCCUACUCGCCCGACUCUGAAUGGAGCCAUCAUGCCGCUGGUUUUCAAAGGAAUAUCGGUCAACACUUCGUACCAUCUUACUGGCGUCGAGGUCAACAACCCGCCUUAAACCCCAUUAGAUAUCGGCCUCCAGCCUCCCAGGCAUAUAUUGGAGGUUUAGAUCAAUUAUUUUUCAUAAAAUAAUUAAAAUAACAGUUAACAAAUGAGGAAACACAUCUUGGACCUUUGUUGAUUUUUUCUUUCUAAAAAAAUUAUUUUUAAAAUGUCUGUAGAUUUUUGGUCUUCCUGUUAAAAACAUAUUUCACUACAUGUAAAAAAAUAAAUAAAAAUUGUGUUGGUAAUAAAAUCUUCUUUGUUUAGUUCAAAUAAUCUGUUAACCAUUUUAGAAAAGCUCUUUAAUGUGCAUAUUUUUUCUGCUUAGAAAUAUAGAUCACUUAUUUAAUCACUUAAAUAUUAUUUGUGCAUGUUUCAAGUGUUAAAAUGAUUUGUUAUGAUUUUCCAAGGUGUUUCAUUUCUACCUAAAUAUAAAUUUUUAUUCAAAGACUAACUUUGCAUGCCCAAGAUUUUUCUGUCUAAUUUCUGAUCAACUACAGAAUCAGAGAAUAUCAUUUUGCAGGAUUAAAUCAAUUUAGCAGGGAAACUCUUUCGCAUUAGCAUGUAAACUUUAUGAUUUUCAGAAGUAACAAAACAAUGUAUUAUAUUUUUAUAUCCUGGUGCAAUUUUGUGUUUAUUUCAUUGGGAUCUCACAAAAUAAAUAAGUCUCCUGGGACUCUGCAGAUUAAAGUUUCAUCAAAUCAAUACCAUGAGGAAUUCUCAUGUUUUCAUGCCCUUGUUUUCUUCAUAUGUGCUAAAUGGACUUUUGUGUAUCUGUUCUCUACAAAAAAAUAAAACACUUUUCUUAAUUUCAG